AUGCACGAAAAGGACCUUAAUUUUAUUGGUCACAUCGUAAAAGACGACAUUCUUUAUGUACCGCUAAAAAAAUUCAAUAAGACCCUAAACCUACCAACGUCGUAUUUGAAGUUCUUGAACUCGUUCGGUACAAUUGUGGAUGUGGCGCAGGCUGAAACAUCUAAUUUACAUCGUGCAAUCUGCGCAGUAGAUAACUCAACGCCGCUUAAACUGAAGGAACAAGAAAUGCGCAUAAAUCACCUAUCUAAGCAAGAAGAAAUGAAUAUCUGGAUGGGCAAACCCCUGCAUGGGCGGCAUCUCAAUGAGGUUAACCAGGAAUACGUCGUCAAUAAAGCGUCGAACUAUUGGCUGGUAUCAGGAAAAGUGUUUCCGAGACAGAGGGUUUCCUACUUGCCAUUUAGGAUCAGAACUAAAAUGUCACUAGAAACUCCAACUUCAACUACACAACUACCAGUAUGUUUCGAAGACAUGUACUACCAAUGCGAGGUAGACGAUAUAAACGGAAAUUUAACUAACCACACCGUGUCCGUUCCGCAUUAUCCGAGUGGAUACACGAUCACGCAAAUAGCAGUGGCAUCCAUUGUUGUUACCGUUCUAAUGAUCGUCAUAGUCGUCGGCAACAUGCUGGUCAUUAUAGCAAUAAGUACGGAGAAAGCGCUAAAGAAUAUCCAGAACUGGUUCAUUGCGUCUUUGGCCGUUUCGGAUUUUUUUCUAGGGUUAAUCAUUAUGCCGUUUUCGUUAGCCAAUGAGUUAAUGGGCUAUUGGGUGUUUGGCUUGUGGUGGUGCGAAGUACAUUCGGCGAUGGACGUAUUGCUUAGUACCGCGUCUAUUAUGAACCUUUGUUUAAUUUCUCUCGAUCGGUACUGGAGCAUCACACAGGCCGUAGAAUAUUUGAAAAAACGAACUCCAGUGCGGGCAAUAGUGAUGAUAGCAGCUGUUUGGGUGUUGUCUGCGUUAAUCUGCAUACCACCGUUACUGGGAUGGAAGGUAGCAAGACCGAAGGAUGAACAAUAUCCUAAAUGCCAGGUAAGUGAUACAAUUAAUAGACUAAAUUAUAAUGGCAUAUUAGUAUCUUCAUUGGCAAUAUUCUAA